AUGAAAUUUAUUAUUUGGACAAUAAUAAUAUUGGUCAGUUUACUUAUAUAUGGAUAUAAUGCAGAAAAAAAUCAAUGUGGAAAUGUGAGUUGUGAUGUUGGAGAAACUUUCUUAUAUGAACGUUAUUGUUGCAAAAAUGUAUUUAAUCAAGAUGAUUGUUGCAAGAAAAUUCGUUGGAAACCAAUCACCAUUACUGUAUGUGUUGUUAUCGCUGUGUUAAUUCUGAUUUGGAUAUUAAGUUGUGUAUUUGGAUUGUGUAAAUGUCUUGUUAAUUGUCUUUGUUGUUGUUGUAAGAAAAACUGA